UGGCGCUGCCAUCAAUUUGGGGUUUGGUAUUCGUUGCGUUAAGAGGGGAGGAGUUGCUCUGUCACACGCAAUGUAAACAAUGGACAAUCUUAUGACAACUCGUCUCAAAAUAAUCGGUUUUCUAUCAAAACCUGCACAGUUGGAACAAUUUCAAGGCUCGACGGUGCAAACCAUUGAUCAAGUACUGCAAAAUAAUUUAACGCUAGUCAAUACACUUCUCAAUGCAGCUGAAGAUCAAGGGAAACAUGAUUUGUUGAAAACAUAUGGCAUUGAGAAAUGUCAUGUCGGGGAUGUGAGAUGGUCCUACAGUUGUGUUUGCCUCGAAACAAUUCUUGAAAUCGCCAAAUCAAUUGAUUUGGACAAUGUAAAUUGUAAUAACUCUGGCAAUCUCAACGAUCCCAAUCUACCUCGGCUAUCAGUUCAACAUGAGAUUGACAUUGCAAAAUGCUUUCAGCUCAUCGUUGGCUUUGGGUUGCUUCCAAAUCUCCUUCCAAACAUAGGAGUUCCAAUUCAAAAGAGAUCAAAAUUCUUUAAUCUCUUCCAUCAACCAACAGAUAUUUCUGAUGAGCAGAAAUAUUCAAGAUUAACAGUAACAGUUAGAGGGCUAUGUGAGAUUGAAAAGAGCAAGUCUUUUGGAGCUAAAUUUGCAACCAAACAUUUGGCUGAUUUGCUGACAGCUCUACUCCAGAUCUGUCAUGCACCCAUCAGUAAGCCAACUUCAGAUUCUCAGGUGCUACUUUGGCAGAGACUUCAUGAAGAACGCCAAGAGUUCAUUCCGCUCUUGAACUCUGUUCUCGAACGGACGUAUCCGCCGUUGUUGGUGCAAAGUUUACUGCUAUUACAAGGACCUUCUGCAUCCCACGCUAAAAUCAUUCGGGACGCUCCGCAACCAGCACCGAGAUGGUUGAUUCGUGUCUGUGCCCAUCUGCUCACUCAGCAGCUGAUGCAUCCUAAUGGUUUAGCUAUGACUAUUCAGGGCGUCAUGGAUUUGGCGGAAAUCACCUCCGAAAUGUGGCAGCGAUGCGAUUCGCUCGCUUACAUAAUUUCUACUCCACCGAGCAGAGACCCUGUAAAACAACGGGAAUAUUAUUCGAUAAUUGGCCCACAACUAUCAGAAUUAGUCACAAAAUCACACAAGGAACUUCCUGAUGGACCUUUCAAUCGCAUAGCAGCUGGCUGUUACCGUGAAAUAGCAGCCCGCUAUCGUCAUGUGGCAGAAGACACCGUUUUUGGACCGUUGUUUCAACCUCUUGCUUCCGAAGAUCAAGACGUUUUGAUCAGCUGCAUUGAAACACUUCACUCUAUUUUUGUGAAUGGAACAGAUCCUUCUGGAUUUUUGCUAUUGCUGGUGCCCCAUUCCUACCGCCUCAUGCAACUUUACAGGAUUUGGUGUCAAAGUAUUUUACAAGUAAAGACGCUACUAGAAGAGCUACUCGUUCGACUGAUUCGUCAUAGUGAUAACCCUGAUCGCGUUGGGUUACUCAGAAGUCUGCUUCAAAUUCAUGCUAGUAGCGAAGAUGAUGAAUCUUUUCUGGACGAAGACGAAAAGAGUGUGAUGGCUCUCAUCGCUAUGCUUCAGCGCAUAGAAGAUGUCCACCUGACGUAUUCAGUCUUUGUCUCGCUAUUAGAAGAUCUUCCCAAACUGAUGGUUGACCAGCCAACGACUUGCUCACUAACACCCCAACAACCCCAUCUCCUUCAUUCGGUUAGGAGAGGACUAGUGACUCUUCGACUGAUUGGUUUACUUAGCGAAGAUGAACAGUUACAGAGUUUCUUACUCAACAAUCCUCAUCAAGCAGUAGACUUUGCGCAGGUCUUCCUCAAACGUGCUGCAGAAAAUUUGGAUCGCAAUCACUUUGAUGUAGACCUUGAGAAGGAAGGUUUGGCUAUUGUUUUCGCUGUGAUAGCCCUGCAAAUCGAUAACCUUGUUGGAAAAGAGGAUAAAUCUGAUGUGUGGUCUUUGUUUGAUCCUCUGGUGGAGUCCCUUGAACAACUGGUGAAAAAGCAUCCGCUGGAACGAAUUCGAAGUGGAGCAGACGAGCUUCGUCUUGCAAUUCAAACUCGAGGCUUCGUGUUCAAUAAAGAAUCUACGCCCACUGGAUCGAGAAAUAGUAGCAGUGCCAAAGAUCAAGCUUUCCAGAUGGCUUGGGAUCAACUUAGUGAUCCAUUCCUGCCCGUCCAAGGUCAUGCAAUUCUUACUCUGUCGCAUUUGCUCAAGAAAAAGGAUAAAGAGGCACUUAAAAAUCGAGAACGCUUAUUGAAAGUAUUCCUUGACUCGCUGGAGCACGAGGACUCUUACAUUUAUCUGAUGGGAAUUCAGGCUCUGGGUUCUCUGGCUGAUGUGUUUACAGAACAAGUUGUCCAAGCUCUUGUUCAACAGCUGGAACAGUUCACUGACCUUAAGGAGCCCCAGUUGGUGACUGAAUAUGAGCAGUCUGAAAUGGACACUCCGACAGCGGAACCAGUACGACGUCCAGCAGAAGUCCGUUUGAAAGUAGGGGAAGCUCUACUCCAAGUAGUUCGUCUUGUUGGUCCUCUUAUCCCGAAAUACAAAAGAGUGUUGCUCAAUUCUUUCCUUCGUGGAACCAAGGACGAAGAUCCAUUCGUAAGAGCAUCUUGUUUGCACAAUCUGGGUGAACUCUGUGCACUGCUUCGUUACUCUUUGGAUUCGGUGGCUUUUGAGUUGCUGAGCUGCGUUAGCAAUUUGGCUGCCCGAGAUCCGGCAGUUGAAGUCCGCCGAGCGGCCGUCCUUUUGAUUACUUUGCUGUUACGUGGACUAGAUUCUGAAGCAUUACAGGUUUUGGAGCCGAUCAUUAAAGAUUUGUACCGGGUAUUAAAAGAAAUAGUCCUUCGUGAUAACGACGAUCGUGUUGUUACGUUCCAUGCAAACCAAGGCUUGGAAAAACUAGGAGAAAUCGUCAAACAGUAUCUCUCUGCACCGAAACUAGCGGGGAAAACCAUUCGCCAACUUCGGCUUCCGUAGUUGCAUAGAAAGGCGGGUUCCUCGUUGUCUGUUGUAUAGCGACCUUAUUCUCUGCUAAUGAUUUACCUUUGAAUGAUGUAAAAUGCUCAUCCGCAACAUGAACUUUCACCCGACAGAAUAAACAUCGUAUUUUGGAAAAAUGA